AUGUCGAAAGACGAGUGCAAACUCCUGACAAAUAAAUUGCUGCAUAGGUCUUCAUCAUUCUGCUGGCUGAAACCUGCACCUACGAACGACUUCCUAAUCAUUCUUAGAAUCACCAGUUUCAAUACAUCAUCACCAUGCCUGGACCUGACGUUAAGUGUUUCUGUUGCCAAGACGGCAAAGAGUGUGCCUGCGGGGGUGGAGAGUGCUGCAUCACGGGAAAAUGCUGUAAGGAAGGAGAUGGAACUUGCUGUGGAAAGUGUUCAAAUGCUGCGUGUAAGUGUGCCGAUGGCUGUAAAUGUGAAGGAGGCUGUGCCUGUACUAUGGGGAACUGUACGUGCUAGGUCAUCAAGACCAUGUUCUUUCCGUUAGGAAGAUUGUCAUCUCUUCAGCAAACUUGCUCCAAGCGGAUUUCAUUUGUGUAUAUCAUUUUGUAACAUAAUGUACAUUUAUUUUUAUAUUGAAAAAUAAUUUACUCUUGUAAAAAAUGAGGCAAUUAAGGCAUUUCAAAGAACUUAAAAUGCAGAAUCGCUUACGGGUGCCCCGUGCAUCUUAUUCUUUCAGGAUUUUCCUUUACUACCUCGAAAUUAUAUUAUUUGAACAUUGACAACAUUAGCUAUAAAAUAUACUAUAAUAACAA